GGCAUAUUCAGUAAUUUCAAUGCGAUCAUUAUUAAAAUAUUAUAAAAGUAUAUUUAUUUUGCUCGCUUUGAUUUUAAUCCCGAUUAUCCUAAGAUCUCAAAGAUAUCGAUAUAACCAGACUCAUUUAAAAUCAAGUUCUUACAGUGUAUUCAAACAAUAUUGCAAUCCCUAUUUUUAUGAGAUCAAAGGAUUGGAAGGCAGACGAUUUCCAUUAAAGAAUUAUAAGCUAAAAUUAGUUAAAAUCGUGAUCAGGCAUGGAGACCGGUCUUCAAUUAUUGCUCCCGCAAAUCAAGCUACUCUACUAUUCGCGGGUAAAAAGGUAUCAAGGCAAUCUUGCUUUCCAUAUUUUGAUUCCGCCAAUCUAAGAAUUAAGCACAUUUUUUUGAAAUUCUUAAAACUUGUAGAAGUGAACAUGAAAUAUAAAUUCCCUCUUUCCUGCUCUGAUAAUUCAGGCGAACUAACGUUGUUUGGUGUACUACAAAAUAUAAAACUGGGCUUGUAUUUCCAAGAAAGAUAUCGCGAUCAUUUUCCGUUUGAUCAAGAUGCCAGAAUCCUUGAACUACAAAAAACUGUUCAUGUUCAUUCUACCAAAGUUCGAAGGGCAUAUUUGAGUGCCGCCGCGCUAAUAUAUUCCUUUUUGCCUUCCAAUAUAUCCAUUCCUUCAUUGAUUUCUUUCUUGAAUGGCAUACACAUUCAUGAAUCUCAUUUGUUUUGCCUCAAUAUAACUCUUCCACUCGACAAUUCACUCAUUAAUUCAUGUGGAUGCCCUUGGAUCUAUCAGUCCUACGUUCAAUUUACCCAAGAGCUAGAAAUCUUUCAAAAGAAUCUCUCAGAGGACAUAAAUUACCAACUCAAGCAUAUUUUAUAUGACGGCCAAAAAAAAUUCAAAAGAGUUACGGCCAGAACUAUUUUUGAUACAUUGCUGCCCAUGGUCUGUCACUAUCCAAACAACUAUGAAACACGUGAUAAAUCAACAUAUGAUAAGUAUUAUCAAUUGAAACACUCUCCCAACGAAAACUUUUCCUUGUGUAGAAUAUCUCCCAAUCUUUUCGAAUGUAUACACUCUAAUCAAUUAGAUAUACUAUUGCACCAACUCAAGUCUCAUCAUGAAUUUCAAACCCAAAACCUCGCAUUUAAAUACUUUUCUUACUUUCAAAUACGUUCCUUGCUGCAUCGUAUAAUUGAUAGUUUUGAUAAAGGAGUAUAUCCCGACGGUGAGCUAAAUCAAGCGAAAUUGGAAAUCUUUUCUGCUCACGAUACCACUUUGAGUCCACUGUUGACACAUUUAAAUUCAUUCACUGAUAGAAACUAUAUUUGGAACAAGGAUGACAUAAGUUAUCAUUAUCUUAUACCUUAUUCAGCCAGGGUUGUGUUCGAAUUUUGGUAUCCAAUGUCUAAUACAAUAUCUACUACGUUUAAUUCUGAAUCUCCCAAUAGUACAUGUCUUCCAAAAGGUAUGUCCGAACUUCCUGUGAUCCGAAUUUUGUAUAAUGGAUUUCCUUUAACCCUUAAAAAAUCUAAUUUGAUUCAUGACUGUAAAAUUGUCGAACAACUUAUACCAUAUUCAAUAUUCAAAAAUCGGUCUCUACCGCUCAGUUUUAAACCAUCUAAAUUUAAUGCAUAUAACCAUAAAACGUUAAAAAAUUGUUUUAUGCCUUAUUAA